AUGGAAGAUGUUAAAGGACGUAAUAUCGUAGUGGCUGUUGAUGAUAGCGAUCAAAGCUCCUACGCUCUAACAUGGUGUCUUAGGAAUAUUGUCGCUAAACAUGGUUCGGGCUCUCAAGAUACCAUUGUUCUUCUUUAUGCUAGACACAUUCCCUCUAACUCCACCACCGGUGAUUCUACAGGAUAUUUGUUUUCGUCCGAUGUAAUCGACACCAUGGAUCAGCAAACCAGCAAGAUAGCUCAAAAUGUCGCAGAUAAGGCUAAACGGAUUUGCAAGGACUAUGAUGAUCAUAUUAAAGUGGAGAUGUUGGUAGAGAAUGGAGACCCAAGGGAUGUGAUAUGUGAAGCGGCUGAAAAACUUAAGGCGGACCUUCUGGUCAUUGGAAGCCAUGGCUACGGCGUCAUCAAAAGGGCAUUGCUGGGAAGCGUAAGCAGUCAUUGUGCACAAAAUGUCAAAUGUCCCGUUUUAAUAGUCAAGAAGCCUAAUUAG